UUUUUGUUUCUGAUUUCAUUCAUUUUCACAAGAUUUGAUACAAAAAUGAGAGUUUUCUCAGUUACACAGACUUUUCCAAAGUGGUGUCCUUUACCGAGGGGGGGAUUUUCAAUCACUAAAAGGACUCAAAUAUGCUUUCCUCGACAGCUCUUAAUCUUUCAAGCAAAGUCUGAAACUUGUUUUGAUACAUACCAACUUUGUAGUGGAAAAGCAGCUGAAUACCAGGUGGACGAGUUACAGAAUUUUAGGAUGGUUCCUUCAGCUGUGUUAACAUCAGAAAAAGAAGAAGCUAAAGCUUUUUUAACAUUGUUCUUGAAAAAUCAAGGAUUGAGUAGUUCCGUUGCUGCAAGGACAAUCAAUAAGUCGGACCAUUUCAUUGACCAUCUUGUAUCAAGGCUCCACUCUGUUCAUAAAACUUGGUAUCUAGUAGGAAGAGAGCUUACCACGCUGGAGAUAAGGGAUGCACUUACCCCCUACCUUGAAUUUCUCCUUGUAGAACACGACAGCGUUCUUGUUGAUGUUGUGGAAAAUUUUCCGAACCCGCCUCGUAAAGGACGGAAAGUUACCCAGGUUGCUCUGGCAAACCCAACUCUAGACACCAAGAAAAUUAAAGCCAUGGCUCGAGUAAGCGAGGUAGGUCCUAGUGGUCAGCUUCCCCCACAUAUACUUUACCUUAUAGAGCUUGGCAUGGAUGUUGGCCAAAUCAAAGCUAUAACACGAAAAUUCCCAGCUUUUGCCUACUACAGCUUGGAGGGGAAAAUCAAACCUAUCGUGGAGUUCCUUCUUGACCUCGGAAUACCCCAAUCAGGGAUCCCCACCAUUCUCCACAAAAGACCUCAAUUGUGCGGCAUCAGCCUCUCUGAAAACAUUAUACCCACCAUGAGUUACUUAGAGAAGUUAGGUCUGGACAAGAAACAAUGGGCUAAAGUGAUUCACAGGUUUCCAGCAUUGCUCACAUAUAGCAGACAAAAGGUGAAAGGAUCGGUUGAUUAUAUGUACGAGUUGGGUCUCUCCGCAGAGAGUAUAGGGAAGAUUCUGACACGUUGUCCCCACAUUAUAAGUUACAGUGUUGAUGAAAAACUACGUCCAACAGCUGAGUACUUCCGCGCAAUGGGAGUGGAUGUUGCUGUUCUGUUCCACCGAUCUCCACAGACGUUUGGCCUAAGUAUUGAUGCUAAUUUGAAACCUGUAACAGAAAUUUUUUUAGAAAGAGGAUUCACUAUAGAGGAGAUUGGGGCGAUGAUUUCACGGUAUGGAGCUUUGUACACCUUCAGUUUAACAGAGAAUUUGAUACUGAAAUGGAAUUUCUUUCUAACCAUGGAUUAUCCGAAAUCAGAACUGAUUAAAUUUCCUCAGUACUUCGGUUAUAGUUUGGAGGAGAGAAUUAAGCCAAGGUACGCUCAAGUGAGAGAUAGUGGGGUGAAGUUGGUUCUGAACCAGGUUUUAUUUAUCUCAGGUAGUGAAUUCGAGAAAUUAAUGAAGAGAAAAAUAAAGAAACUGACUGAUAGUAAACAAGUUCCUGUAGAUAUAGAAUACCCAGAUUAUGCUGGUUCAGACAUGGAACGACAGCUGAAGCUAUAGUCUGCAACUGUAAAUACCCAUACUGUAUAUGAUACUCAUGCCAAACUAAAUGGUGGUCGCGUCUGUCUUUCUCAAUACAAUUCAGGUCGAGUCUGUCUUUCUCAGUACAAUUCAUCCUGUAUGUAGAUGAUCAUAAAUUUGUGAUACUUCUUAUAAUGGAACACUGUUUCAUUAUUAUUUUUUGCGAA